UGGCAGACAUGCAGAAAUAAAUAACAUGGCUGUUGAAACGGCGUCGUAAAUACGUUGUUUAUAUUUUAUGUGAAAUUAUCCUGUUCUGCCUCAUCAUACUGCUUGAAUUUGUGAUCUUAAAACUAAAUAAAUAAUGUAAAGUGAUAAUUUAGGUGUCUGUUAUUUGCUGAUAAUGUUGUAAAUUUUCUGCAAGCAAAAUGUCAAACAAUACUGUCGGUUCGUCCGGGCCAGCUCCCGGCAAAAUACGUGGACCUGGGAGACCACCGAAGCGCACCUGCACCUGGUGCGCCGAGAGCAAGACGCCGCUCAAGUACGUCCUGCCCACCGAGAACGGGAAGAAGGAGUUCUGUUCCGAGACGUGUCUGUCUGAAUUCAGACAGGCGUACAGCAAGGGAGCUUGUCUCCACUGCGACAACGUUAUCAGAGGAAACGCGCCGUCGAGCAGCAAGAACUUCUGUUCCACGUACUGUUUGAAUAAAUACCAAAAGAAAAAUGAGAAACGAACAAAUUCCCCUCAGUCAGGGAAUGGCGCGAACGGCUCCGACAAUCAUGCCAACAACAAUUCACCGGGAUCCUUCUACGAUAUUUAUCAAUCUUUCGACUGGACGGAGUACUUGAAGGAGACCAACAGCGUGCCCGCGCCGCAGGAGUGCUUCAAACAGGCCCCGGUACCACCAGUCAAUGAUUUUAAAGUUGAUAUGAAACUGGAGGCAUUGGACCCUCGGAAUCUGACGUCCACUUGCAUAGCCACCGUAGUUGGAGUGUUGGGACCUCGCCUGAGACUGAGACUAGAUGGUAGUGACAACAAAAAUGACUUCUGGAGACUUGUUGAUGCCAGCGACAUCCACACCAUAGGGCAUUGUGAGAAGAAUGGAGGGAUGCUACAACCCCCUCUCGGUUUCCGUAUGAAUGCCAGCAGUUGGCCAAUGUUCUUACUUAAAACUCUGAAUGGAGCUGAAAUGGCUCCUUCUAAGGUGUUCCAGCCUGAGCCACAGACACCUAAGACAAACCUUUUCGUACUUGGACAGAAGUUAGAAGCAGUUGACAAGAAAAAUCCUCAAUUAAUUUGUUGUGCUACAGUGGGCGCAAUAAAGAAUGACCAAAUUCAUGUGACCUUUGAUGGGUGGCGAGGUGCCUUUGACUACUGGUGUAGAUAUGACUCACGAGACAUCUUCCCGGUAGGCUGGUGCGCCCGGGCAGGGCACCCUCUGCAACCACCAGGACAAAAAAGUGCCACCACUCCUUCUAGAUUUAAGCUCCGCCCCAGUGGUAUCCCCAACCCAGCCUUGCCAGAGGGUGGUUCCACUGGAACUACCAACACUAGUUCCAACAAUUCUAAUGCACCAUCCACAACCACAACGGCUCCGACCAUCAGGCUGAACAUCCACAGUGGUUGCUUCGGUGCCAUGACUGCAUAUCCAAAUGCUGUGACAGCAUCGGGAACUUUAGGAGUGGUAGAAGCCUUAGCCAGAGAAUUGUUGGCAGCACAUCCAAACCCACAAAGAUUGACUAGAGCACUGCAAACUGCAUCUUCUAAUUUCUCAAAUACUAUUAUGGUGCAGAUAGCUUGUGGGAGUAAAAACUAUUCAGUGAAAGUCCCGACUGAGCUGACGGACGAUGAGCUGAAGAGCUGGCUGAAGGAGCUGUGCAGCGGGCUGGGCUGCUGCUCGGCCAUGAUCGAGGUGGACUCCGGGGAGGCCGCGGGCCGGCCGUGCGCGCUGUGCGGGGACUCCACCUCUAACAAUGUGUCCUCCGCUCAGAAGAGGCCCAAAAGUGACGACGAGGAAGAAACUCCCGCUGACGGGGCGCCGGCGCCCGCGAGCAGCGAGGACACUUCCGUAUCCGCUUCCAGCAACAAGAUGGCGCGCGUGGUUGGCGAGGCGGCCACGUCCACCACGGGCGCGCCGCCGCCGCCGCCGCCCGCCGCGCCGCCCGCUGAUUGGUCCGUCGAGGACGUCAUCGGGUUCAUAGCGGCCGCGGAUAAUGCGCUGGCCGCACAUGCCGAUCUGUUCAGGAAACAUGAGAUCGACGGCAAGGCGUUACUUCUGCUGAAUUCAGACAUGAUGAUGAAGUAUAUGGGGCUGAAGCUGGGACCUGCGCUUAAGAUAUGUAACCUGGUGUCGAAAAUUAAAAAUCGCCGACACUACAGCACCUAGGCUUAGUACCUACUCCUAGAGUACGAAACUGUAAGUUUCUUUUUAUUAUAUUUACGUUGGUUGAUUUAUAAUCGUAUAAACCAUUUUGAUAAACAGUUAUUGUAAAUUGCGGGCAGUAUCUUUCUAAUUGGAAAAAAUAAUGGCCGCCA